AUGCUUCUAUCCAACCUUGUCGCGCCCAUGGCCCUGGCCGCCACCGUCUUGGCUGACGGUGCGGCCAUCAACGCGGCCCUGAAGACGGUGGACGGCAGCAUCAACUCGCUCACGGCCACGCUCAACAGCUUCUCGGGUGAUAUCUUUGGCGCCAUCCCCGUCCUCUUCUCCGGCAUUUCGCUCAAGUCCAACAUUGACAAGGGCACCAAGGUCGCCAACGCCUCGCAGCCGCUCACCUCGGACGACUCUCUCAGCCUGGCCGACACGGUCAACACCAUCAUCGCCGACGCCUCAAAGUCCAUUGACGCCUUCAUCGCCGUCAAGCCCAAGUUUGACAAGCUCCUCAUCGUCACGCCCAUUGCUUCGGGCCAGAUCAAGGGCCUUAGGACGUCCACCGUCGCCCUGGGCAAGGCCAUCAUCGCCAAGGUCCCGGCCGACUUCACCGACGUCGCUACCCAGCUCGUCAGCCAGAUCCUCGCCCAGUUUGACAGAGGUGUUGCCGCAUAUGGUGGCACCACCGCUGCCCCGGCCUUCCGUCGGUCCACUCGCCUGGAACGAUUCCUUUGA